CCAGUGUGACGUCAUUCUUCUUCCGUUUUCGCUCGCUGUCUUGGCGCGAGACUUGUCCGUUUGGAGCCGCUGGACAGAAGCUGAUCUCUGUUACAGACUGUUAGAACUUUCCACGGUGUUGCUUGCUUGAACUGUGCAGCUGCGGUGAAACGAGCUGGCUGAACAAGCAGAACCACUGGCUCAUCACCAGGAUGAACUGUGAACUGUUGGCUACGUGCAGCGCUCUGGGCUACCUUGAAGGGGAUGCCUAUCACAAGGAGGCUGACUGCUUGGACAGUGUCAAAGACUUGAUCAGAUAUUUACGGCAUGAAGAUGACACCCGUGACGUUCGCCAGCAGCUGGGUGCAGGGCAGAUCUUACAGAAUGAUCUCCUGCCUAUCAUCAUACAGCACAGACAGGACAGGGCCUUAUUUGAUGCCUGCAUCAGACUUAUGGUCAAUCUUACUCAACCUGCAAUGCUUUGCUUCGGUAAAGUCCCUGAUGACCCAGUGUUUAGACAUCACUUUUUGGAAGUUACAUCUCACUUACAAGCCUACAAAGAGGCCUUCGCCAGUGAACAAGUGUUUGGCAUUUUGAGUGAGACACUGUACAACCUUCUACAAUUGGACUGGGAACAGAGGCAGGAGGAGGACAGCCUGCUGAUAGAGAGGAUCCUGUUGCUGGUUAGGAAUGUGCUUCAUGUACCUGCAGACCCAUGUGAAGAGAAGAAAGUAGAUGAUGAUGCCAGUGUCCAUGACCGGCUGCUGUGGGCCAUUCACAUGAGUGGGUUUGAUGACCUCAUCAAGUUCUUGGCCUCUGCCCAGAGUGAGCAGCAGUGGAGUAUGCAUGUGUUGGAAAUAAUCUCCCUUAUGUUCAGAGACCAGACUGCAGAAGCUCUGGUGAGUGCUGGGCACGCUCGAUCAACAGAGGAGAAGCAGAGGGACUCUCAGGAGCUGGAGGCUCUCAGGCAGAAAGAGCAUGCAGAGAAACGUUCUCGCACUUUCCAAAGAGGAACUAGACACUCCCGCUUUGGAGGCUCCUAUGUGGUUCAAGGGCUCAAAGCAAUAGGAGAGAAAGAUGUGAUCUAUCACCAGACACUUCAUAAUUUUAAAAACUACACCCACGAUCUUGGUAAAGCAGUAAGACGUGUUCCAAAGAGGAAUCGACAGGCCCCUGAAUGCAAGGACAAGCGCCGCUCUGCUCUAAAUGUUCGACUCUUCCUGCGUGAGUUCUGUUUGGACUUCUUGGAGAGCUGCUACAAUCACCUGAUGUACCUCGUCAAGGAAAGUCUGAUCCGAGAGCAAGCUCAGCAACACGAUGAGACCUAUUACCUCUGGGCACUCAGCUUUUUCAUGGCCUUCAAUCGUGGCAACGGCUUCCGUGCUGACUUAGUUUCUGAGACCAUGUCCAUCCGUGCUUUCCAUUUUAUUGAGCGCAACAUAACCAACUACUAUGAGAUAAUGAGUCUUGACCGCAAAGACACCACAUCCUGGUCCCGCAGAAUGCACCUGGCUCUAAAGGCUUAUCAAGAACUGCUGCUUACUGUGAAUGAAAUGGACCGUUCACAGGACGAAAGCAUCCAACAGAGUUCUAACGUUAUCAAAAGUAACAUAUUUUACCUGAUGGAAUACAGGGAGAUAUUUCUGACCUUGCUAAGGAAGUAUGACGAAACCACACAGCCUCUUUCGUAUCUCAAAGACUUGGUGGAGUCUACGCAUCUCUUUUUGCGCAUGUUGGAGCGCUUCUGCAAAGGUCGUAAAAAUCUGAUGGUUCAGAAGAAGAAAAGGCGAAAAAGGUCUCGUGGUGCAAAAAAGUCUUCAGCCCUGGAAGUUACUCCAGAAUCCCUAGAGGAGACCUGGAAGAUUGUGGAGGAAGAGCUCAGAGCUUCUGGGUUUCAGUUGUCAGAGUCUUUAGCCGAGCGUUUGGUGCCAUUUGAUGCAACAUCAGAAACUCCUUUUGAGGAGCAGCGGACCGAGGCUAUGGUACGAGUGCGAGAUUCCCUGCUGGCUCGUUUGGGCCCAGAAGCCCUGGGCCUGCUGCGCGCUGCAAGGGAGGUGUGGCCAGAAGGAGAUGUGUUUGGUUCAGCUGAUGUGGAACCUGAGGAGGAACUGGAGCUCCUUAAGCAGAUUCUACACGCCAACCUGCCGUCGUCCACUCCUCUUGAGCCUGUGGUGGAGGAGGAUGAUGAUGGAGCGGAGUUUGAAGAGGAGGAGUUAGAGACUGUUCAGCUGUCGGAGACUGAGUUCAACUUUCUGGACUUCAUCAAAAGGUUUGCCACCGCGAGUGUCGUGCGUCCAUACCUCCACCUUUUAAAAUCAUACUCCAAAAACUCGCCGCACACCAACCACUGCAUCGUUCGAAUGCUACAUCGCUUGGCUGUGGACCUCAAAAUGGACGCUCUGCUAUUUCAGCUGUCCAGCUUCCAUCUCUUUAAUAAAAUCCUGAACGACCCUGCUGCAGCUGCUUACAAUGAACUUGUGACCUUUGUGAAGUAUGUGCUGAACAGAUUCUUUUCACUGGCAGCAAAAAACAACAAGGCAUAUGUUGAACUGCUGUUCUGGAAAAACCCAAGGGCUGCACAUGAGAUGACUGAAGGCUACAGCAAAGAGGGCGAUGAAAAGAAACCAGCGUGGACCGAAGAGGAAGAGGAGGAGUUACGCAAACUGUACGAGGAGCACCUCCACUCUGAUGUGCCGGAUAUCGUGGAGACUUUACUGCCAUUACUCAGCAGUACCCGCACUCGGCGCCAGGUGGUAACACAGCUGGUGCAUAUGGGCCUGGUGGUCAGUGCUAAGGAGCUGAAAAAACAGAAGAAAGGGACUCGAAUUGUUCUUUGGACUGAGGAGCAAGAACACGAGCUGCAGAUGCUGUUUGAGGAGUACAAAGAUUCUGACGACGUGCUGGGUAAUAUUAUGAAGAAGAUCACAGCCAAGCGGUCCCGUGCACGUGUGGUGGACAAGCUGCUCAGUAUGGGCCUGGUGUCUGAGAGGCGAGAGCUCUAUAAGAAGAGAAGUCGCAGUGCUCAAGGGAAAAGCUCUGGGAAAGGAAUGACUGAAGAGGACUUCCUGGCAGACUUAACCCAAGGGUUCCCAGAUCAUUCUGUGGACAGAGAUGAUGAUGAGGAGGAGGAGGACGACGACAAGUCUGAGGAGAGUGAAGAAGAGGAAGAUGAAGAACAAAAGAGGAAGGGGUCACAAACUAGCUUAAGGAGAAGUCAAAGCCUUCACUCCACAGAAGAGAGGAGAGCUGACAUAGACACCAUGGUGAAAUCUCUCCAUCAGGAAGGCAUGUCUGGACCCCUGCUGUGGCUUCAGAAUUGUCUUAACAAAACGGCGAAGGAUCGUGAGGACGAUAGGUUCUCCCAACCUGUGGCACUGGUCCCUUUCACAGAGGCCAAUGAAGAAGCCAUGGACAACAAACACUUCAAGAAGCUCCUACGCAAACUGGGGAUACGACCGCCUGAUUAUGUGCAGGAGAGAUUCUGGAGAAUCUCGGAAAAGAUCAGCCCGUCUGAGCUUCGCAGUGCUGCUGCAGCCCUUGCCCCAAAAGACGAAGAACCUGUAGGUGGCGAGGACCAAGACGGACCUACGUACCGGACAGAAGAUCAGGAGGAGGGGGAGGAAGUGUCCGGAGAGCAGAGAGCUCAGGCCCUGAGGGCUCUGCUGCUCGCGCGUGAGAGAAGACACCGCACUGAUCAGGAUGAUGUGUCAGAUUUCACCCCCACUGAGAAUAAGGACAGCGCAGCGGAGAGGCCCCAAGAGAAGACUUCAACUAAAAGAAGCAGAAGCAGCUUGUUGGACGAUGAGGACAGUGAGGAUGACUCCGCCCUUGUGAUAGACGUGAAUGCCAACAGUGAUGCAGACUCAGACGGGGAGGACAUCGCCGCUCCUGUGAAGCGCAGACGGAAGAUGGUCCUGAUAGAUGAGGAAGGAGAUGAGGAUUAAUGGCUUUCAAUAAUGCACUGAAAACCUGCAGACAGGGGAGACAUAAGUCUGUCACAUUGCUCAGAGGAGAAUGAGUCGUGCUAUUAAUAAAUUGGCCACAGCACAAAGCAGGAGGCACUUAGAUGUGCCCCUGAUGACCCAUAUAAUUGUGUGUUGAACUACGGCCUGUGUCUCUUGGGGUGUUCCCCGCCUGUCGCAGACGUUCAGCAUCAUGUGUCGUGUUAUUGGUUCCAUCAAAAAGUUCUGAAUAAGUUGUGCUAAGCUUCUUAUAGAUGUUGUAUUUGUCUCGGCAUUGCUGGCAUUGGUACAUACAAAAUUGUUUGUUAGAGAGAGUUUUGACAUUAUGUGUAAAAUUCAGGCUUUCUGCCUAAUAAAAAUAAUUUUCUAUGGA